CUGAUCCCUGCAUGGCUCGAUGAUCAAUUCACCGUCGCGACAUGGCUAGGACGUUCGUCACGCAGUGCAAACGGAACCCUGUCGAGAUAACCUCCCCGUUCGAAUUCUGGAUUGCACGCAAGCAAUUCAUCUCUAUCAGGCCCUCUGUCUAACAGGUUGAUUGGUCCGAUCUUCUCUGCCCUAUACCCAGGAUCGACUGUCAUACGCGUGCCGUGCCGGACAUCUAUCUCAUCCGGGACAAGUGAAGAAGCUCGUGCGAUCUGUAUGAUCUCAGGCUUCCGCGGAGUAUAAGUACUAGCGCGUGCUCGUUCAAAUGACCCUUGCUCCGGCUUCCAUAGCUCAUCCCUUUGCAUCAAUUCCUGUUUUGACCAUGGCUAGUGUUGCCCCUCCUCUCCCCGACGUUCGCCUGAGCUUUGGGCCUAUGCUGAUCGGAGUCUUCUUCAAUAUGAUCCUCUACGGGAUGAUGACUUAUGUCCAAACGUACAAGAAGGAUGCAAUCUGGAUGAAACUCUUCCUGUCCUAUCUUUUCGUCGUGGAGACAGCGAACACCGGCAUGGACAUGGGCAUCAUAUACGAGCCACUCAUUCUGCACUACGGAGAAACACCCAAGUACUUUCCAACCCGUGAGAUUCCGCAUUUUCCUUGCUGUGAUGCAGCUGAAGCCAUGCUAUUUCCGCCUCCCAGUCUUUAUGGCCCAGCCGCUCUGUGUCUCCAGCUCUUUUUCGCAUGGCGAAUCAGACAAUUGACAAAAGCUGUCUGGCUUCCGGUGCUCAUUGCACUGCUGGCCCUUUCUAGCUUUGCGGGAGGUCUUUGGACUUCUGUAGAGAUCCAGAUCCUGCGUCUCUUCGCCAAAAAACCGUUGCUUCAUCAUCCGGCUUUGGUGUGGUUCUUGACCUCCUGUGUCGCGGACGUGUUGAUCACAGUCACGCUUGUCAUCACUCUGUCCAGGAAGAAGACUGGUUUCACCGCGACCGAUUCAGUGCUUGACAGAAUCAUACGCAUGACCAUUCAGACCGGCGCGGCGACUGCCUUGUUCAGUAUUCUGGAUGUCGUGUGCUUCAUGGUUCUCCCGCACUAUGCUGUAAACUUCAUCUGGGAUCUGGCACUAUCGAAGUUGUAUAGCAACUGUCUCCUGUCGACUCUAAAUGCACGCGCCAAGCUCAACUCGGCCUCGCAUGGGUCGACAUAUCAGCAGCAUCAACCCCGAGGAUAUGUCAUCUCCCCCCGCGGGUCCGGCAAAGACAGCUUCCUCGAUGCUCAGGCAGAAUCGGGUUUCCCUAACGAUCCCCUCGAGUACGGCAUUCGGAUGACGAAAGUCGUCGAGCGUAUGCAGGAUCCUCUACCCGGAUCGACUGCUGAUGCCUAAAUCAAACUUCCGAAGCUGCAGUAUUGACAAAGCGGACUGUAAAUGUAUAUAUGUUGUAAAUUGUGUACGAUCCAUCACACUGUGAUUUCUCCCCAAAUGGC